UUCAAUCAAGAUGGCGGACGAGGCGGGGAAUUUGAGUUACAGAGACCUUCAACAUAAAUUCGUCAGUAACCUGAAUGGAACUUCUUUAUUUGAGAUAUCAGUUGUUGUAUCGUGUGCACCUAUGGCUGUUUUACUAAGGACAUGUGUUGGAGGGAUCGUAAUGGGAAGUAUGGCUUCUCAUUCUUGGCUUUCUUCAAGUAUCAUCCUCUUCCUGGAUUACAUGACACUAGUGAUUCCAAUAAUACUGUCCUUUACUGUGCUUGCUGAUUAUGCUUCCAAGAUGCUUGUCGCUAUGGCAGUAUUUAUUGGCUCUUGUAUGGUUUUAAAAUCAGCAGUCAACUAUUUCGAAGGCAAUCUUAGUACAAAAACACUUCUGCACUCAAGAACUAAUGGACGGCAGCCCUUUAUUUGUAAUUUUCGAGCAUAUGUACUCAUCGCAACUGCAAUAUCUAUCCUAGCUGUUGAUUUUCCUAUUUAUCCAAGAAGGUUUGCCAAAGCAGAAACCUAUGGUACUGGUAUUAUGGAUGUUGGUGUUGGUGCUUUUGUUGUUUCAAAUGCAAUUGUGGCACCAGAAGCAAGGAAUGUCAGCAAGAAAGGAACAAGUUUUCUAAAAUCAUUCAUAAAGUCUUUAAUUAGCUCUUCUCCUCUCUUGGUUCUUGGCUUGUUGAGAUGUUUAGCUGUCAAGAGCACUGAUUACCAGGAGCAUAUCAGUGAAUAUGGUGUGCACUGGAACUUCUUCAUUACACUGUUUAUUGUCCGGGUGCUGUCAACAAUUAUUGUGUACCUAAUCACCAGUCCCAAUGCAUAUGGACCUACAGGCCUUGGUCUUGCAAUAUUCUACCAGUAUUGCUUGUCAAAACUUGGCCUUGAAGAUUUUAUUUUACAUGGCAGUGGAGGCGAUGGCUCAAGGCAUGGUCUUGUAAAUGCUAACAGGGAAGGGAUGGUCUCAUGCAUAGGAUACCUUGCAUUGUAUUUGAUGGGGUUACAAUUAGGAAGGUUCUUGUUUAUUAAGAGGGAUACAUUUUCAUCAUGGCUCAAAGCCUUUAUUCUCCUAGUGCUCUUGGACAUUCUGUUCUGGGUAUUGACUAUAACAUGCAGUAAUAAUGUUCAACCUGUAUCAAGACGAAUGGCUAACCUGACCUUUGUACUAUGGCAGAUGGCAUACAACAUCCAACUUCUCUCAAGCUUUCUCCUCGCUGACCUGAUAGUAGCAGUUACCAUGGUAACAAAGAGUGACAACCCCAAGGCUGCAGGCUGUGAAGUAUGUUAUGCUAGUACAGAAUCACUUAAACGGAAGCCAAUCAGACAGACGUACUGUGCAUGUCUGAUUACAGCAAUAAAUCGCAAUCAGUUAGCAUACUUCCUAUUGGCCAAUCUCUUGACUGGAGCUGUCAACUUGUCUGUGAAAACACUGUUUUGUUCUCAGGGACAGAGUCUUGGUAUUGUUUGUGGAUACAUGUUCAUUUUGAACUUGGUUUUCUCAGUACUGCAUAUAUGGAAUAUCACUCUAAGAAUUCACUGAAUAUUGUUAAAGAGGUUAUUGCUGGUAGAGAACAAAGUUGAAGAAAUUUGCCAAGGGCAGAUCCAUGGGCGUGAAGGGUGUGGCUUGCAAACGAUCCUCAGUAUAAAUGACCCAUUCAUUACUAAAAUGAUAACGUCCUUACAAGAGUAUGUCCUUUAUUUUUUUCAACCACUACCAAAUCCAUACAGCAGUUUUAAAAAAGUUGAUUUGAAAAUAAAACAAUGACUGCAUUAAGGCCGAUUUAUGUGCAUGAUUUUUCCUCAUGACUGUUGUGCGCAAUGUGCUGAUGACAUGUGCAGUAUCAGUUGUUGGAGGGAAUCAUACCAUGUAAAUCUUAAAAGAUUGUCUUGUCAUCGUUAUGGCAGCCACCCUCUCUUAAAAAAUUCCUGGAUCUGCCCCAGCUCAUAUAUAGUCAGUAUUUUUCUUAUCCUCAACCAUAAAUAAAUGUUCACAAGAACAUAAAAUCUUCACGUCUUUUUAAUAAGGAUGUGCUAGCUUACUUUCAUACAGGUGACAUCAAAUGCAAGAGCUAUUAAUCUAUUUUUGUACUUAGUAGAGUGCAAACAAUAUAUCUGUGAAACACUGAUUACUAAAUUGCUCAAAAUAGUGCUAGUUAAACAAGAGAAAAUUAGCAUAAAAUAGUGUAAGUUAGUAUUACUAAUAUUUCAUGGAUAUAUUGUUUGCAUUCUAAGGCUUUUUGUUUUGCACUUUUUAAAGAGUAGCAAGAAUUGUGAAGUUCACAGCAACAAUGUAGUCUAUAAAUUAAUACAACUUGUUCCAAGGACUGAAUAACUAACGUAAUGAUUCACAUAUAUUUAAAACAUACCUCUAUCUGUGGAGAAGUGUUUUCCUAUUUACUACAGCUUUUCGAUAUUCUGCAAACUUGUUAGUUUCAAGCUGCACACUGGAAUUGGUUUUUUCCUUCCAUCAAUUUGAAAAUUAAUCAGUCAGUACCUUUUACAAUUUUGACUGACGGCAGUAAAAACAUAAAUUUUGCAACAAUCCUUGAAAUGUCUGAGUUUGCAGAAUAUUGGGAAUCACUUUAAGAUCAUCAUGCUAUCCUUUUCAAAAUAAACUUCUUUGUUUACCUUCUUAUUUGUUGCUGAUAACAAAAGUACACAACCCAGUAGCAGUUUAAAGUAAAACAAAUGCUACCUUAGAUUUACUUAAGUUAAAGUACUGUGAUGGUGCUGUUCAUUUAUGACUUAGUGAAAUGCACAAGUUAUAUAAUUAAGAUGAAUGCCAAUAA